UAUUAACCACUCUCAUAACAAGAAGUGUUCUAUUAAAAAUAUUCGAUUUUGUAAAUCAUUUAAGUAUUUAUGUAAUGCUUAUAAUUGCAAGAUCAUGUCUGCAGCCAAUACUUCUUCGGAUUUACCAAACGAUACCACUUCACAGGUGAUUUCGGCGAUUUCUGGUAACGAUGUUGAUAAACUUGAACGUCUUGUGGCCUCUUGUGCCGAAAGUCUCGCUAUUCUUGACGACGAAGGCAAUAACCUUUUACUCCUUUCAAUCAUUCUAGACAAGUAUGGAAUCUUUGACUACUUGUUGUCUCUCAAUUACUACGACUUGGAAGCCACCAACUUAAAUGGUGAGACGGCACUGUUGCUCUCUUUGACACGUUUCGCAAAUCAAGGUGUGUUUUUAAGUGAGCACUUUGCCGUGGGUUUAGUCGAAAAAAGUGCAAAUAUUCACACGCUUUGCUACAACAAUAAUACAUUUCUACACUUGGCUUUACAAAGACAUCAGUUUUUAAUCAGCCAGGUGCUUAUUGAGAAAGGUGCUGAUAUUAAUGCACAAAACAAUGAUGGAUGUACACCUCUGCAUAUGCUGUUUAACAUGAAAACUGACCCCGAUGGUGUGAGUGAAGGGGUGGGUUUAAUGAUUUAUUAUGGAGCGGAUGCUUCCAUUAUUGAUAAUAACGGGAAUUUGCCGUUUGAACUGGCUGUGAUUUAUGACCCUAGUAUCAUUUCAGUCCACGAACAUUUGUUCUUUUAUACAUUUGAUUGUUAUUCAGAAUAUAAACUGUCUUCUGAGGUUUUGUUUGAGUUGUUGGAAAGAAAGUCUCCUUUGUUUUUUCAACUCGCGGAGUGCGUGAAAGAAGUGGUUUUCGUUAAAAAUGUAAUUUUUUCGUCUAUGAUGUUUUUCAAAUUGGAGCCGCAGGUUCUAGGGGUUAUGAUUGACAAGUUUGACUAUGUCAUACGAAGUGUUUUUUUGAGUAAGCAGCCAAUCUUUUGGUACGAUUUUCAGUCCACGUCUUUCCAUAAUUGGGAAAUGUUGAUUAAUAGUAACUUAGCUUGUGAAACUGUUGAGUUUCUUGGUAAAAUUAGAAUGGAACUGUUGGUUGCUAAAAUGAUAGAAGAUCAAAUCCAUCCUAGAGAGGCCAUGAAUUUUAUUUUUUACUUGCUGUCAUAUGGACUUAACGUGUGGGAAAAAGAUCUAGAUUCUGUGUAUAAAACAUACGGUUAUUGUGAUCUUUUCAAAACCUUGUUGCACAUGGAGAUUAGGGUCAGUUUCUGUGAUAUUAUUCCACGUAUUAUUUAUGAUAUUAAAUUAGAUCUAGAUGUGUUUCUUAAUGAUCCUCAUAAUUACUCUCUAAAUGCAUUUGAAGAGUUGUUGGACUACUUUGCAAGACCUAAAUUAAAAAAUAUUUGUUAUAAAUUAAAUGUGAAACAGUUUAUUACCAAAGCUAAAAGUCUACCUCAGGUGCCACUAUUAGUCGAGUUUGCAAGAGAUGCAGUCAGAAAGUAUUUAAUUGAGAGGUUCAGUGUACGGAGAUCUAGUCAAUUUUAUACAGUUGUUAGGUGGCUCCCUAUCAGUAUUUAUCACAAGAAGAUACUUUCGUUUGAAACGAAAUUAUAUAGAUAUCCCUGUUAAUAAAGUUUUUGUAAAUUGGAA